GUAUCGUCAUUGUGUAGGUGCUCCACAGGGAUCCAUACUGGGACCACCGAUCGCAUCGUGUGCAAAAAUAAGGACAUAAUUUUCAGCAAUACAGCUCGAGAUUACCAAAGUAUAGUCAUCUACAGCACUAUACACCCAUUUACUGACAACCUACGCCAGUUAUAUAUAACAAGACAGUGGGGACGCCAUGCAGCUUCCCGUGGGUCUCGCAGCUGGAGGGGGAGGCGUCUUCUUCAUGGCUGUGGUCGCCGGCUGGUACGGGAUGCCCAAGCUCAUCUCCAGCCAGAUAGCCUCCGGACUGGCACUGAAGAAAGGAUCAGACAUCCGCCAGAUGUGGUCCAACUUCUCCGACCCCAUCGACUUCCGGGUGUACGUCUUGAACCUCACCAACCCUGAGGCGGUGCACAGAGGGGAGAAACCCAUCGUGCAAGAAAUCGGACCGUACUUCUACGAGGAGUACAAGCAGAAGGUGAAGCUGCGCGACCACAAGGAGGACGACACCGUCUCGUACAACAACAAGAUCACGUGGCUGUUCAACCAGGGCAAGAGCGCUCCGGGACUCACCGGGGACGAGUUGGUCACGAUGCCGCACCCACUGCUUCUCGGCCUGCUGCUGACCCUGGAGCGCGACAAGCCGGGCAUGCUGGCGCUGGUGAACAAGGCCAUCCCGCCGCUCUUCCGCAAGCCGGAGAGCAUCUUCGUGACGGCGCCAGUGCGCAACUUCCUCUUCGACGGCAUCGUCAUCAACUGCACCGUCACCGACUUCUCGGCCAAGGCGCUGUGCACGGGGCUCAAGAAGGAGGCCAAGGAGCUCAAGCGCGAGGGCGACAACUUCUUCUUCUCCUUCUUUGGACACAAAAACGGCACGGUGGACGCCGGGCGGCUGCGGGUGAAGCGCGGCAUCGAGAACAUCGACGACCUGGGCCGCGUGGUGGCCUUCAACGGCGAGCCCAAGAUGUCCUCCUGGCGGGGCGACCCGUGCAACGACCUGCGCGGCACAGACUCCACCAUCUUCCCGCCCUUCAGGGACCCCAAGGAGCCCAUCGUCGCCUUCGGCGCAGACCUCUGUCUGUCUCUGGGCGCGAACUGGGAGCGCAAGGCGGAGUACAUGGGCGUGCCCGGCAACAGGUACACGGCCGAGCUGCCCGACAUGAAGGGCAACCCGGAGCACCACUGCUACUGCCCUACCGAGCAGACCUGCCUCGAGAAGGGCACCCUGGACCUCUCGCCCUGCGCAGGCGCCCCAGUGAUAGCGACUCUGCCGCAUUUCUACCUGGCGAGCGAGACGUACCUGCAAACCGUGUCGGGCCUGCAGCCGACCAAGGAGAACCACGAGCUCUUCAUGGUCUUCGAAUCGACAACAGGAUCGCCCAUGGAGGCCCGUAAAAGACUGCAGUUCAACAUGUUCCUCCACAAGAUCAACAAAAUAGACCUACUGGCCAACGUACCCUAUGCUUUGAUGCCACUCAUCUGGGUCGAGGAGGGCCUCGCACUGGAGGAGAAGUACGUAUCGACACUGCGCAUGUUGUUCCGCAUGCAGGGCAUCAUGUCUGGCGUCAAGUGGACGCUGAUGGCGGUUGGUAUGGGGAUGGCUGGCGCAGGAGGCUACAUGCACUUCAAGCGGCGCAAGGAGCUGGUCGUGGGGCCUGCCGAGCCCAAGAAGGUCGUCGCUGGACACGACACUACGGGCCAUCCCAUCAGGCUGGAGAGCUCCCAAUCCAGAUACUAGUCCUGGACACUCCAGGCCAUCCCACUGAACGUGACAGCUCCCACUACACAGACUUGGAAGGUCGCAGCUGGACUUACCGACUCCCCAGGCCUUCCCCUCUGAUUCUAUACCAGCGAGACAGCACCAGAAGUUGAUGGACCUGGUGGCUCUUAUGGGCAGCCUGAUUCUACCAUCUUCAGGAUCCUGCUGUGGGGCUGUAGUUGUAGAAACUAAUGUUCCUUUUCCUAGGCUGAUGAAUUCUGUGCACCACAUUGGGCAAUGCUCCAACACCUUCGGCCAUCACCAUGCACCACAUAGCGAAUCAGGCCACAACACUCAAGCUGUUUGCAACUUGCAGUAGCAAGGGUUAUCGCUACGUGGCUCUGAUUCAACGGCAUAACUCCAACAUAUAUCGCUUUGCUAGUAGUGGUUUAUCAGCAGAAAUUACUGCAGUUUUGUCUUGAGAUUUAUUAACUUCCACAUAAACGACUGAUACGGUCAACAUCGUUAAUCUAUAUAUACAAGUGUCUGCAUGUAAAGUAUACUGUUGUUAACCGUAAGCAAGUCUGAAGCAGUUUAUAUCGCGAUACGGGGUCUUUAACUUUCUUAUCUACCGAGAUAUUGAAGCAACUGCUGGUCUUAUAACGACGCUAUGUACUUUCCUGUCCUCAUACUUUCUGUGCCGUUUGGUACGUUGUAAACCUUGCAGUCGUCCUCAAUACGUAUCACAAAAAAAAUUUAGUAAUGUUGUUACUGCUGUAAUUCAUGAUUGGUUCUUCUUGCGGCCGCCCACUGUAAGAUGUUAUUACCUGAUCCUCAGCGAACACAUCAGCGAACAUUUAUGAUGCUACGGUUUGUGUAUGUGAAUGCUAUUUCUUUGUAUGCAUUGCUGAAACACGUCAAUGACGUAAGAACUUACCAUAUCGUUGUCACAGCCUAAGACUGUUUCCACCUUUAACCCUUGGUUUCUACAAUGGUUGUGCCUUAGUUACUGAACGCGCUUUUAAUUACAGUUGUUAAAUAUAAAGGCAUGACAUUUUGUCUAGAAUUAUUCAUAACUUUUCUCGUCUGCGCACUGUUAAACGCUUUAGGGACAUUUAUAAACAGAAGAGCUUCACUUUGAUAUUCUCGAUGUUUUUCCAUUAUUUGUCGAAGACAAAAUAUGUUAUUUUUGUGUACGAUACGCAGAGCCCAAUUUUCUCUUACAUCAGAAUUGUUUCUGCUAUUUUACAUAAUAUCUGUUAAAUUUUUCUUAAAGGCUGCGUUCAGCAGUGAAACGCAUUUGGAACUUUCUAUUUUUCCAAUUUAGUUUUCUAAAAAUAGCUACAAUAAGGACUAGUCAAUACUCCCGUGGUACUUUAUUUUUGUUCAAUCUCUCUUAAAUAGGUGUAAAACAGUUUACAGUUCAUGAAAUGCAUAUUCAAUUACUUCCAUAUUUGUUCUAAAUUUUCUGCACCUUUUCGAUUUUCAAUGUGUUUCUCUGCCUACUGUAGCUCUUUUAUGUGUAUGAAAUCUUUGUACUGGUUUCCAAUCACUUUCUACCAACAGGUCUAAAGUAUUCUCGUUGUCUUUUGUCUGUAAUUUUGAAUAGUAAUCUAGCUGUUCGUCGGAGGCUAAUAUAUUUUGCUCUUGUCAUUGUCUGUAUUAUUCAAAUGUUACAUCAUUUUCUGAGCAAAGGCUGGCAUCCAACUCUAGUUAUACACACAUUCUAGGUUUCUUGAUUUAUUUAUCUUAGCUUUAUCUCCUCGUGCCACGUGAAUUCCACCCUACCUUUCUUCUUUCCCUUGACACUAUCUAAUACCCCUCUUUGUUGUUUGUAGACAGAUUUUAUAACCGUUUGCAAUAAGCUUGUAUCUUGAUGUCGAACAAUUCGGUUCUUUCUUUAUUUCAGAAUCUCAACCUUCUUUGUUUCCUUUCCUACGCAGUCACCACUCAAGCGACCCAAAGGUUAUUAUUCCAUAACUCUUUUUACGUGUACUUCUGUUCUUAAACAAUUAUUUAAGGGUGAAAACGAUGCUAAAAUUUUGCAAAACUGGCAGUAUAAGUAGUCAAAUACGAUUCGCCUUACAAGCACGGAAGUACAGAUUCUUCGAUCGAUUACAGGUGUAACAAGGAGAGACCAAAGAUGUAACAAACCAUCAGUAGCUCAACAUGUAAACAUUCAAUGACAAAGUCAUGACGUAUCACCAAAAAUUGGUAUCUCAAGUAACACAGGUGAAUAAAUCAUGUUACUGAAGAUCAUAGUUCAGCAGCGAACCUGGUCACUUCUGUAGAGUCGGUACCGUAAUACAGGAAGAGCAACAAUGAACGAAAUGUACUUUUGCAACAAACCAGAA